CGUGCUCAGUCGCAAGUUGGCUCUCAGCGAGCUCGAUGGAAACAACUCAACCACACCUGAGUUCCUCCUUACCCUAUUCGCACCAUCACCAGCUCCAACGAUUGAUCCUAUCACACACUCAAUAUGCCGUCGGUCGACACCAUUAUGGACGCCUCGGCAGAAGGCGCCUUCAAGUCGCCUCCUCCCGCCGCCAGCGACGCUCUCUGGGAGGCCGCAGAGCGACUUCAGCCCAGUGCAGUCAAGCACCGUCCCAAGUUGGCUCUCAGCGAGCUCGAGGUCAACAAAUCAAUCACACCUCCUCGACUCGCCGCUCCUCGCCGCUCCGCUCCUCGCCUCUUGGCCUGUCGCCUCCUUCGAUCUUCGCUCUACCAACAACACCUCGCUGCUCACACAGUGCCAUCAGUGGACCCCCUACGCAACGCCGCGGCCGAGCUCGCCUUCAGCUCGCCCCCUCCUCCCAUCCUCGGCGCCCUUGCUCCUAGCGACGCUCUUUGGGCCGCAGCCAGGCGCUGCGAGCCGGAUGCAGUCAAGCAGCUGAUGGAUGGAAUGGAGCCCAUCCGAGCGGAGAUGAAGCUCUGCGCAGAUGCCUCGAAGACCACGAGAGGGCCCUCCACCACAAGCUCGACAAGCGGGAGGUCGCCAUCUUCACGAGCUCCUUCAAGCAGACUAGGGAGGCCUACGCGCUUGCGGGCCGGGGCAGGUUCAAGAUCCCUGUCCGCAAAGUCACCCGCUCUGCUAACGCGGAGCCCAUGCUCUUUUGCGCUGGCCGCUGGAGUGGAAGGCGACCGCUGAAAUACGAUUGGAGCAAGGAGGUCUUCGAUGGCGUUGAGGACUUGUGGCACGUCUUCUCGGAGAACCAGGCGGACGGUGGUCGCCUCAAGGACGUUGCUUCCUUCAUCGGAGGACGCACGAUCAUGAGUAAGGCGA